ACUGUUUAUGAUGUAUAGAUGCACUUUAUUCGACUUUCUAUUGGAUUACUGAGUCUCAGCAGUCAUUCACUGCAAUUGUAAAGCUUUGAAGAGCCAGCAAAUUUCUUAUUCUAACUGACAGUAUUCAUCUGAAAGAAGAAAGUCAUAUACACCUAGGAUGGCUUGAGGGUGAGUAGUUUUCAUUUUUAGGCGAUCUAUCCCUUUAAUAUCUGGCUUAUCUAGAGUUGCUGUGUCAUGAGCUGAAGAUUUGUUGGAAAGGCAGCAUCAUGCUUGAGUCAUAUUAGCUUCAUAACAGUGCAAGUGUUUUACUCUGGCGAAAGACAGCCAAAGCAUGACAAAUGGAAAGUGAGAACAGAUCCAGGCUUCCAGUGACGACAGCCUCAUUAUGCGUGUAUAAGAGCGCCUGUCUGAUCUCACCAGCGUCUAGUUGGAGAAGAUUCACCAAGACAACACAUCGGAAGUGAACGGAUAGUCUGGAUUCAAAAUCUGGAGCUGCCACUUAACAUGACAGUGUCCCAAUGGAACUAAAUUCAUCAAACCUCCCUUGCAACGACACAGUCGCCUGGAUUUGGCUGUCUUCUCUCCACCCCCCAUUUCUGGCUCUUAUCAGUAUCCUGGGAGUGGUGGGUAACAGUCUGGUCCUCUGCGUGUUCUGCCUCCAGCGGAAGCCGUGCAGCGUAGCUGAUGUGUAUCUGGGCAACCUGGCAGCUGCAGACCUCAUUAUGGUCCUGUGUUUGCCCUUCUGGAUGGUCACCAUUACCCAAAACUAUCAGUGGAACUUCGGUCAGCUGCUCUGCAAGGUGAUCAACACCGCUAUCUCAAUGAACUACAACUGCAGCAUAUUCUUCCUAAUGCUGGUCAGUGUGGACCGCUACCUCGCCUUGGCCAAACCCCUGAAUCCCAGUAAGCUGAGAUGCCCCAAAUGGGCCAAGCGCAUCUGUGCGGUGAUUUGGGCGGUGGGGUUCAUGCUCAGCCUCCCAACUAUGAUCUUUCGAAGAGUAAACUUUGUUCCAUCCGCAGGCGUGGACGCCUGUUAUUUAGUGUACCCUCAUCCAGCCUGGGUUCUGCAACGGAACCUCACCACAAACUUCAUUGGGUUCCUGCUUCCGCUGCCGGUCAUUUCACUUUGCACUUUUCACGUGGUCAAAGCGCUUAAAAACCGUGGUGUAUUGAUUAAUCCAAGGGUUCAAACGGAGAGGAAGGCUGCUCAGCUGGUUUUGACGGUCCUCGCUAUGUUUCUCCUCUGUUGGACGCCCUUUCAGCUGAUGCGUUUCCUAGACACUCUUGACUACUUUCAGCUCUUUUCUGGGUGUCUUUGGGAGCACACAUUGGAUAUAGGCAACCAGCUGGCUACUUAUUUAGGGUAUAGCAAUAGUGCAAUAAACCCUUUUUUGUAUGUUAUUGUAGGGAGUCACUUUAGGAAGAGAGCUCAAGGAGUUUUUCAAGGUUUUCUGUGUUCUAAACAGAAGAGCAACUCCUCUGUGCACCUAAAUGUUACUGUUAUCAGCAAGUGCGGUGACAGUCCUAAAGAUAACAGAAUAACACCGCUGGCACAAAGAGCUGUAUAUCCACCCAUCAACCUCAUAUGAUGUGUAGUUAGUUAUGAAGAAAUAAAAAAGUUCAACGGGUAGAGGUCAAGAGUUUGAUUGGUGACACUUUAUUGUGAUGGUCUAGAAUAGACAUUCUAUUAACUAUAAGUAACUUUGCAAGCACAUGCCAACUUCUAACCUUAACCAUAGUCUAACAAUCUACAAAUACUCUGAGAGUUAGUUGAUAUGUAGUUUUAAUAUGGUUAACAGAAUGUCUAAUAAGGUGAAACUGUUUGAUUAUGAGAAGAUCUCAUUUGUUUACUGUGCAGUCUUGUUUUUCUUUACUCACAUCUGUUCCCUCCAUCUUUGUGGAGGUGUGGAAAGAAUGUGAUGUGAGGACCUAGGAACCGGUGGAAUAUAUUUGCUCACUCAAGUGUUAUGUAAACCAUUACUGAUUUUGCACAAAAAUAUUUUGAAAAGACUUUUGUAAAUGUUUUACUGAACAUCUGUGGACUUGUUUAAAGAUGUAUGUUUGGUUUUAGUGUUAUUAGUGCAUUGUAUUGUUUGUAUGUUUCUAACUGUUACUUACAGCAUUUCUUUCCACUAAAGCAAAUUUAAUAACCACAUACCCUUUAUUUAUUUAUUUAUUUAUUAAAAAACCAAAGAGUAUAUUCAAACAAUUCAAAACCAAAGACUGUGAGUUUCUGCUUUGUUUUAUAUAUAUAUAUAUAUAUAUAUAUA